UCGCGCCCUCCACACUAUUCCUCGAACGCGUAGGCCAUCACACCCGAGGGCAAAUUGCCGCAGCAACUGCGAUACGUGUUCAUCCAGAAGGGUUCCACCAAGCGUUUCAGCGAUGUGAAGGGAGCCAUCCAGCGCGUACAACGUAUCUGGUGUGGGUCCCCAGCCGGUAAGGCUGGUGCACCAUUCAUACUCGGUGGGGACGAGGAGACGUACAAGCACAUGUACCACGUCAUGGCACAGGAGUCGAGCGAGUACCGACAAGUCCGUCGCUACCCCGGCGAUUGGCAUUUGCUGUUGCACAUGGCCAAGGCGAUGCUUACGCGGUACUGGGGUGCUGGCGUGGAGUUCGUGGCGAAGGAUUUGGGCAUAGACGAGUCGAAGUCGGGGGAGGGGAGCAACUACCGUCGGGCCUUCCACCACAUAACGUGGUUUUUGGCGGCGUUUAUGGCUCUGUGUCGACAGGAAUACUUGAAGAGCUUGCAGACGCCAGGUGACAGACCGGUGGAAGAGGACAAGGUGGUCGACGGGGUGGUUCGGUGGAUAGUGGCACGGGCGGAGUCUCACAAGACUUUCGCAGUGUGGAAGCAGUUCCUCCUCCACGACUACCCUGCGUACAUCGCCUUCCCAACUGCCCUGCGUACGGGGAACUUCAGGCUAAGGCUUGAAGGCCUUCGCCGUAUCGCCCCCGUUUUUUCCAUCACCGGCAAAGACAAGUACCACUUCCUCGUGGUAGAUCAUCUGACGGAGGUGUCGCGUUAUUCGCGCAAUGAUAUGAGGGUCGUAUCCGAGCUAUUCUCCGUCUCACUCGGCCCUGACACGUUUGCACGAAUCGGCUUGGACGAGCGGCAGGUGUCCAAUCGUCUCUACAAGACAUUGACGAAAAGGAUUCUUUCGAGCACGAUAGAAAAGCUGGCACCGAUUGCCCAGCUGCGUGAAGUCGACAUCUUCGACUUCGAAUCGUAUUUCAUCGAGAAACCACGCACGGACAGGGACCGUUGCAGAGAGUUGGCGGUGAAACGUGCACCAGCAGUCAGGGCGGCGAUGGACUGCUUGAGAGAGAGCCCGGCAUGUGAAGGCGACGAUGGAAAGACAAGGUCGUGGCGUUGGACAGGAGAGUGUUUCCGCCGGUCAAGUGGCUAGAGAUUCUCGACUCGCCCGCUGAGGCUCGUACGAAAAUGCGCG